AUGUUUUCAAAAGUACCAGAUGAGUGGGAAGUUGAAGCGUCCACCAAAGGUCUCAAUUCAUUGCACUCUGAUGCCUCCAGGAAAUUGAAGGAAAGCGUGUUGGAAUUUCAGGCAACCACAUGGGCAGAUGUUUAUUAUCGUUAUGAAUCAAAAAUUAGAAUUGAAGAUGAUCAACUAAGUUCUACGCUGAUGGUCAUGGAAAUAAAGGAUUUUAGUCAUCGAAUAGAUUUUAUUUCUAAUAGAAGGGAAGAUCGUGGUCGGAGUAGCAAUGCUUUACGGGAGAAGGAAUCGUCGGGGUCCCGAGAUCUAGUUUUAGCUAUGAGAAACAUUAAGGAGAGGACUGGGGACUGUCGGCACCUUCGUGAAGAGGUUGCAGCAUUACUGAAGAAUGGUCACCUUAGAGAAUUUUUAAGUGAUCAAGCCAAAGGUAAUUAUGGGAGGAAUCAAGAUGUUGUGGAACUAGCCAAACCGGUUGCAAGGUCAACUUGCCUAAUGAUAAACAUGAUCUUUGGUGGUGAUGAAAUAAAUGGAGUGAAAUUUUUAUCAGCAAAGAAGACAAAGAUAUUUGUAAAUCAUGGCAAGAGGAUGCGAGAAACAUCAGAAGGUGAUGAAAUCACAUUCACGGAAGAAGAUGAUGAUGGCCUUAUUUUACCACAAAACGAUGCUCUAGUAAUAUCGCUUAAUGUUUUAGAUUUUAAAACAAAACGUGUAUUGGUUGAUCUAGGUAGUUCAACCAAUAUCAUUAAAUGGAGAGUUUUGGAACAAGCAAAGUUAACUUGA